AGUCGGUAGGACGUGUUGAGGAGGGAGACACCAGUUCUUGUCAGUAUCCCACCGACCGCGCGCGCGAGUGUGUUACGCAGCAUAGUACGUGACAGCGGCGAGUGUGAUUUACGUGUGCAGUGCGCCCUGGUGCUUAUGGACGUGACCCGGCUGGACCGCUCCGUAUCGUGUGCCACGAUGCCGCGGUCCUUCCUCAUCAAGAAGAAGAACUACAGCCACUGCCCGCUGAAGAAGAGGCCCGUGCACGACUUCAUGAUCAAGGAGGAAAAAGAUGAGGACAACUCGGAGCCCGAGAACCUCAGCACGAAGCCACAGGACCUGAGCGUCAGCUCCGCGGCUGCGUCUUCGACGGGUCCGCCCCAGCCGCAGCCCCAGCCGCCGACGCCGGUGGCCGGCCACCAUUUCCUGGCGAGCAAGGGCGGCCCCCUGGAGCCGCUGAGCCUCAACACCGCGGCGACGCCGUCUCACGCCGACUACCUGCAGCCGUGGCACCACUACCAGCAGGCGCCACCGCCCUACGUGGGCUGGUACCCGCCGCACCCCGCCGACCACGCGCUCUUCCACCCCGCGGCGCACCACCAUCACCACCACCACUCGCACCACCACGCCCAGCACCACCACUCGCAGCCGUACGCCCCGCUGCCGUUCGCGCCCGUGUCGCCCCCGGCGCCGCCCCCAGGCCCCGCGCCGCACGUGUUUUCGCCGGUGGCGGUGGUGGCGCCGCCUCCCAAGCUGUUCCUGCCGUACGCGGGCCCCGCCGGCCUGUCGCCCACCUCGUCCUCCAGCAGUUUCCAGCAGCCGCCGUCGCCCGAGGACCUCAGCUCGCCGGGCAGCGUGAGCAGCGCCAGCAGCUCCAGCGGGGGCGGCAGCUCGGGGGCGGGCAGCGGCAGCAAGAAGAGCCGCGCCCCCAAGGAGGCGGCGGGCGUCGGCGGCCGCUACGAGUGCCCCGACUGCGGCAAGGCCUACUCCACCUACUCUGGGCUCGCCAAGCACCGCCAGUUCCACUGCAGCGCCGCCUCCGGCGCGCAGGCUGUCAAGAAGUCCUUCAGCUGCAAGUUCUGCGAAAAGGUGUACGUGUCGCUGGGCGCGCUCAAGAUGCACAUCCGCACGCACACGCUGCCGUGCAAGUGCAGCAUGUGCGGCAAGGCGUUCUCGCGGCCGUGGCUGCUGCAGGGCCACAUCCGCACGCACACCGGCGAGAAGCCCUUCUCGUGCCAGCACUGCUCGCGCGCCUUCGCCGACCGCUCCAACCUGCGCGCGCACCUGCAGACGCACUCCGACGUCAAGAAGUACUCGUGCGCGCUCUGCGGCAAGACGUUCUCGCGCAUGUCGCUGCUGUCCAAGCACGCCGACAGCGGCUGCCCCGGCGCCGGGCCCGGCCUGGCGCCGACCUGCCGGGCCAGCGAGGGCCGCAGCCGGCCGGCGUUCAAGGCAACGAGCGGCGGCGGCGGCGGCGGCGGCGGCGGCGACAAGGCUCGCGUCCACACGGCGGGCCAGCCGCAGCGUCCACCAUCUGGCCGCGGUACAUUCAGGGGGACCGAGAGAAAGCAAAUAAAUCCCACCCAGGGGAGUCCGUGUGGGUCCAGGUACGACUCAGUGCUGGACUCGAACUGA